AUCCAAUCACCUCUGCCUUGUUCAUAUCAUAAAUCCAUUAGUUUAUCGCCUACAAUGACGAGCGACGACAACGACGGGCAGAGCCACCGAGAAGUUGCCGCCGCUAGGCGCCACCCCGGUCGAUCUCCAUUGCCCUCCGGAAUAAACCCCAGCAUCCGACGCCACAUCCGCCAUUAAACAAUCCCGAGCUGCCACCACACAGAACAAGUCCUCCUUGUUCUUCACACCCACCAUGUGGCACGCCUCCACGCCGCGCCGGCCAAGCCGUACGUGUUGUUAGUACAUAAGAUCCCUUCCCUCCUCCCACUCCUCUUAAUGGCUGCUUCUUCCACCUCUAGCUCAACCAAGAACUCAGAGGAGGUGCAGUAGUAGUCUCUAAGACGGCAAGAAGAAAAAAAGGUUGUAGCUUUGAAUUUUGGUAGGAGAGAGAUGGAUCGAUUGGUGAUACCGGAGCCAUCGAGCGAGGUGGUGGUGCGGGUGGAGCCCGGGAGGCAGGCGAGGGGGGAGCUCACGCUGCGGAACGCGAUGCACACCAUGCCGGUGGCGUUCAGGCUGCAGCCGGCGAUGAGGGGCCGCUUCGCCGUGCGCCCGCACACGGGAAUCCUGGCGCCGCUCGCCGCGGUCACCGUGGAGGUGGUGUACCUGGCGUCAGCGGCGCCCGAGGGGACGAGCGGGGGAGGAGGAGGGAGCCGCGGGGAGGAUGCGUUCCUGCUGCACAGUGUGGUGGCACCCGGCGCGACGGUGAAGGAGCCCGUGACGGCGCUGGACUCGGUUAAUCCGGAGUGGUUCUCGGCGAGGAGGAAACAUGUGUUCGUGGACAGCGGCAUCAGGGCGAGCUUCGUGGGUGCGUCCGUGGCCGCGCGACUGGUCGCCGCCGGCGCGGUGGAGGCGCUCAGGGAGGUGCUCGAUCACAGCGAGCCCGAGUGGCGUGCUGCGGAUGGAGCAGACGAGUCCGGGCGAACUCUGCUCGACCUCGCCGUUGGCCUCGGCCGUGCCGACAUCGUCCAGGUGCUCCUCGAGUACGGCGCGGACGCUGACAAGCCGAGCCGCGGACGGACGCCCCUCGAGACAGCCGCCGCAUCCGGCGAGUGCCUCAUAGUCGAGCUCCUCCUCGCCAACGGCGCGACGCCCGCCGGCUCCGACGCGCUCCACGUGGCCGCCGCCGCAGGCCACAACGACGUCUUGAAGCUGCUUCUUGGCAAGCCUGCCUCUGCUUCUCCCGCCUCGUCCUCCUCCACGUCCUUCUCUUGUUCUUUUACGUCCAUCGACGCGGCGGGGAGGGACGGCAAGACUCCUCUGCGACUGGCGGCGGAGGCGGGGCGGCGGGAUGCGGUGAAGGCGCUCCUCGUGGCGGGCGCGAGGGCCGACGCGAGGUGCAGCACAGACGGGGCCACCGCCCUCCACGCCGCGGCGAGGCGCGGGGACGAAACGAUGGCCCGUCUCCUCCUGUCGCACGGCGCAGCCGGCACGGCCGCCGUGCGCGACGCGGCGGGGAAAACGGCCUUCGAGAUAGCCGCCGAGGAGGGCCACGCUGGGCGGAUCAUGGAAUUCCUGGGCCUCAGUGAGGCGAUCCUGGCCGCCGCGCGCAAGGGCGAGGUGAGGGCUGUCCGGCGCGCGGCCGAUGGGUGCGGGUCCGUCGAGGGGCGGGACGCGCACGGGUGGACGCCGCUCAUGCGCGCCGCUUUCAAAGGAAGGGCCGACACGGUGCGCGACCUCAUCGACCGCGGCGCGGACGUCGAUGCGGCUGACGCCGAGGGCUACACGGCACUGCACUGCGCGGCUGAGGCGGGUCGCGUCGAUGUGGUGGACCUCCUCAUAAAGAACGGCGCGAACGCCAAGGUCACAACGGUGAAGGGACGAACUGCAGCCGAGGCUGCGGCUGCUGCGGGGGAGACUAAGGUGGUGCGGCUUUUCGAGAAGGCCGGUGGCAUGGGAAGGAAGGAUGUCGGUGAGAAGGCAACGACGGCGGUGGCGAAGGCAGGGAGCUUGGACAAGAAGCGGAGGGGGCGGAAGGGGAGCAGUGGCGCCAUACGGUUUGGUGGCGGGAAGGAGGGGUUUAAAGCUGGCGCGGGUACCGUGGGGUGGUCACACUAGCCAAGUAGCUGGUGCUUGACUUGAGAAGAGCUCUUGGAGACUUUUUGGGCAAAAAUUGCUUAACAUCAAGAAGGAUUUUGUUCCAAUUUGUGAUUAGUUUUUUAUUAAUUAGAUGAUAAUUCAAAUAUGUUUUGAAGGAACAAGGAAGUAAUAUAUGUGUUAUAUGUGUCGAUCGGGUUAGUGUAGUACCGACUUUUAUAUUUUGUAAAAAUGAAUUCCUCAAUAGUAUGUGUUUGUAGUUUUUUCUUUACUUUGUUUUGUCACACUAAGAUGAUGCCUUGGAUUUGUAGUUGAUGAUUCCAGGAUAAUAAGCAAGCAUGUCCUACAAAAAAUUU